AUGGUGGGCCGCGGCAGCCUGGGCACAGUGUACAGAGUGGCGCUCCCCGACGGGCGAAUGGUGGCCGUGAAGCGUCUCCGGGACGCGAACCCGUGCGGCCGCGACAAGUUCCGUCGGUACAUGGAUCUCAUCGGCCGGCUCCGCCACCCAAACCUCGUCCCGCUCCGCGCCUUCUACUACGCCCAGCAGGAGAAGCUCCUCGUCUACGACUACUUCCCCGGAUCCACGCGCGGGCUGGCUUGCAUCCAUGGCGAGUACCGCGGCGCCGCCAUCCCGCACGGCAACGUCAAGUCCACCAACGUGCUGCUGCUGGACGACGAACGCGGCGGAGUAUGCGCCAUGGUCGCCGACUUUGGGCUGGCCCUGCUCCUCAGCCCGGCCCACGCCGUGGCCCGCCUCGAGGGCUACACCACUCCGGAGCAGCGUACCGGGCCGCCGCGGCUGUCGCAGGAGGCCGACGUGUACGGCUUCGGGGUUCUGAUCCUGGAGGCGCUCACCGACAAAGUCCCCGCGGCGCAGGAAGACGACGGAAGGAAUGAGCAGAGGACCGAACCGGCAUCAAAAACCGACCGGUUAAGCCAAUCCAAGUAA